GGAUGGAUGCUUUGGUGGCAGCAGAUUUCAAUUUACAGCGUCUAUCAACACAGAUCCAAUAUGGCUGCGCCCAUGAAAAAAGUGUUCAAAUUUAUCGAUAUUGGUGCCAACUUGACAGAUCCAGUAUUUCGGGGUAUUUACAGAGGAAAGAGACAUCAUGAAGAUGACUUUGUUGAUAUGCUUAUACGGGCAAAAGAUGUUGGUAUGGAAAAAAUUAUGGUAACUGCAGGAUGUUUAAGAGAUGCAGAAGAAGCUACAAAACUAGUGCAGGAACAUGAGAAUUUAUAUACAACAAUAGGGUGUCACCCAACAAGAUGUGGAGAGUUUGAGAAGUCAGGUGACCCAGAUGGUUACAUGAAUAAAUUACUAGAUAUAGCUGCACAGAAUAAAGACAAGAUUGUAGCAGUAGGAGAAUUUGGACUUGAUUAUGACCGUCUGCAAUUUUGUCCAAAAGAAACGCAGCUGAAGUAA